AUGGGGAGAGAACGAACUGACUAUGUUCCUGAACAGAGAGAAAUGGCCAUAAAACCGGCGGCUUGGGAUAAAGAUGAGAAGAUAUUGAGAGGUAUGCCUGAAGACAACAAGAUAUUGGAAAAUCUGACUGAAGACAAGGAGAUAUUGAGCGGUCUGUCUGAAGAAGACAAGAAGAUAUUGAGCGAUCUGUCUCAAUACAACGAGAUAUUUAGCUAUAGGACUGAAGACAAGCAGAUAUUGAGCGAUCUGAUUCUGACUGAAGAAAGCUUGGGGACAUGGGAGAAAGGAGUCCAGAGAACCGGAUAG